AUGGUAAAAGGGACAACGUAUGAGAACAAGAACCAAGUGAAGAAAGACAAAGAAGGUAAUGAAGAAGAGCUUUAUGGCACGAUUCUAUCUGAAAACGUAAUUGGAGUAACUCACGACCACUACGUCACUUUCUACCUUGACCUCGAUGUCGAUGGCCCGGAAAAUUCGUUUGUGAAAGUGAACCUCAAGAGGCAGGAGACUAAGCCGGGUGAGUCGCCAAGGAAGAGUUACAUGAAAGCUGUUAGGAACAUUGCAAAAACCAAAAAGGGCGGUCAGAUCAAGCUUAGCUUGUACGAUCCAUCAGAAUUCCACGUCAUCAAUUCUGGUAAAACCACAAGGGUCGGUAACCCGACGGGCUACAAGAUUGUACCGAGAGCCACGGCUGCUAGCUUGCUUGACCACGAUGAUCCGCCGCAGAUGAGAGGAGCUUUUAGCAAUAACCAAUUAUGGGUCACUCCCUACAAUAAGUCUGAGCAAUGGGCUGGUGGUUUGUUCACUUACCAAAGUCAUGGUGAUGAUACUCUUGCAGUUUGGUCUGAGAGGUAA